ACUUCCACAACAUGGCCCCCAUUCGUAACAACACAAACGGAAUGGAUAGAGGUGAUAACUGCAAUGGAGCCAAAUCUGACAGAAAGAUGAGGAAACCUCUGGUCGAGAAGAAAAGAAGGGCUCGCAUCAAUGAAAGUUUACAAGAACUCAGAGUUCUCAUCGCGGACGCAGACUUACAAUCAAAGAUGGAGAAUGCCGAAGUGCUGGAGAUGACAGUGAAACGGGUGGAGAGCAUCCUGCAAAACCGGGCUCAAGAAAUGGGCGCUGUGAACCGGGAGGCUUGUGAGCGUUUCGCGGCAGGCUACAUUCAGUGUAUGCAUGACGUGCACACUUUUGUGUCCAGCUGCCCGGGAAUAGACCCAACUAUCGCCGCUGAGCUGCUGAACCACCUCCUGGAGAGCAUGCCCCUGAACGACGAGGACCGCCUCCGGAUGAUGCUGCCGGACGCCGCGCUGGUAGAGAGCCCCGGCAACAACAGCACUUGGUCCCUGCCUGAGAGCAUGUACACGGCCCUGGUGUCCCCGGCCCCCUCCUCCGUCUCCACCGAUGACCUCUGCUCUGACCUGGAUGAGACUGACUCGGAGCAAAGCCAUGUUUCUUCUUCAGAGGAGGCUGAUCAGCAUGAUGUGUUGAGCCUGCCUUCUCUAAUAUACCCAAAGUCAGUUUGGAGACCAUGGUAGAUCGUUUAAAAAAAAAGAAGCAUGUUUUAAACUACAGUAGAUGAUUUAAUGCAUUGUGCUAGGAUGUUGUGUACCAUAGGCCUCAGUACAAGACAAAAACACUGCUGACAACUUGUUGAAAGGCAUAUGAGAAGCUCUUUGUGUAAUUAUUGGGGAACUACAAUUAAACUAAAAUGUAUUUAAUAAAUAAAAUAUGUAAUUAAAUCAGUUUUACAUGGGUCAGUGACCUGUAGGGUCUUCAUUUGGAGGUGGCCUGCCUUCAGUGGGGUGCAUAUGUAAAUAUUUACCUGUUGAAUAUUACUAGGCUGUAUGUAUAGAAGGUAGAUGUCCCGUUAGGAAUACAUUGUUAGCUGUGUGUAAAUUAUUUCUUAUUUAGGAUGUCUUUAACAUUGUAUUUAUACAUGUGAAAUGACAGUAGGCUACCUCAUCUGAUUUGCCCAAGCUUAAACUCUUCACAGACUUUUCAAUAAAUCUUUUUUUUUUUUUGGACAAAUCAC